AUGUUAAAACUUUAUAUUUUGAUUUUGAUCCUCGGAUUUACGUCAAGUGAUCCGUGUAGAGGUGAUGAAUGUCUUUCUGGUGGAAAUGCAACGCGGGUGCUGUCUCGAAGCAAGCGGUUUUUAAUUUUUCCUGAAGGAAGCUCCUUCCAAUUGGUAUUCUGUACGCAGACAGCGGCUCUUAUUCCCAUCGGAGAUAUAUUCUUGUUUGCCAACACUGCAGCUAUGGCCUGGAAUUUGCCUUCAGACCCAAAACUUCUGCUAAUGUUUAAAGAGUAUGAAAAAAAAACCAAACAGAAGGAAUGA